CAUUUUUAAUUGUAGUUUUUUUUAAUCUCAUAAUCCGCUUCAUCAAUAUAGCAGGGUCGACAAAAAAAAACGUUUUUGACUGACAGGACCUUGCAGGAAUACAAAGCCUUUCUUUCUAAAACACACUGCACUUUGAUCAGAAAGUUAAGACUAACUCACAAACAAUUAUGCUAAUCUGAGGUUCAGUUCAGUUGAGAUGAACAAAAGACUUAUGAAUCAAUCACUGAAAGAAGUGUUUUUGUUCUCUCAUACAAUCAGAACUUUAAAUUGAGCGCAAGCAAUAUCAGAUCUAUUUAUAAUCAACAUACGGCUAUGAAAAGUAACCCUACACAAGCCUAAACAGCAUAAAAUCAUGUAGCAUAAACAGGAGUGAAGACCAUGACUCAAGACAUUUCAGAUUCACAGUUUAUCUGGGCUUUUUAGGAGAUGGAAUAUCCUUUGGCAAAAACACCAGGCCCGGGUUCUGGGAUAAGCCAAGAUGACCGAUUGAAAGCAGCCCGACUGCGUAUGCAAAAACAGCAGGAUGCCCUGGUCAGGCAAACAGAGCUAGAAAAGCCUAGUGAGGUCUGUGCUCCCAGUCCCUCGGUGAAGGCUGACUCGAGCCACAAUCAAGUGCUGAAGGCAGAGAGGGAUCCCAGAGAACAUGUGGCUCAGGAUGAUGCCAGGAGAGCAGCCUGGCUCCGGAUGCAGGACAAAAUGGACGCAGAUGCAGAACACCACAAAGCCAGAUUGAUGGAGGAGGCGGAGAAGAAGCAGCAGAGAGAUAAAGAAGCUGAAGAGCAGAAGAAGAAGGAGAAGAUUGAGAAGUGGGAGUUCAUGCAGGAGGGCAAGAGCUACCGAGGGAAGGCGAAGGCAGCACAGCAAGAGACAAGUGAGCUCGCUGCAGUUCCCAAGAAGACAAGAGACAAGAAGCCUCUAAGGUCAAAUGACUACAACCCCCUGUCAGGAGAUGGGGGCUGUGGCUCCUCCUGGAGGGCCUCUCGGAGGAGCGGUGGAGGAUGAGGUUAGGGACCCCAGUCAGCGCUGGGGUCUCCCUGUUGCCAGCUGGCACAGUGUGCUGACAAAGACAUCGUCUUACUAGGCUUACCAGACCUAGCAUGCAAUAUGACCACUGGAGACAACUGGGAUUUCAUGAGCAAAUGUUUUGGAAUGUAUGCCCCAGAGGUUAUUUUAUUUAUCUUUCUCCCCUAUAAGCCUUAAAUACAGGUGUCUAUUUUUUUAUUUGGAAGGUAGUCUGUCUCACAGUAGCAUUGCAUGCCGAGUCUGUAAGCUAUUAAUGAAAUCAUCUUUUUAAAGAGACUUUCUCAUUAAGAUGGUAGAAAUAGAUAAGAUGAUGCCUUGUAUAAUCGGCAUUGUGAGUGCAUUAUUUCUAAUGUUGCUGAGGUGUAGAGCUUAAUUUUUAAUACUGUAAGUGCCUAUGCAAACUGCCAAAUGUAGAACUAUAUUAUUUCGGAAAGAGCUAAGCAAUAAAUGUAUGUAAAUCACGUCAAUUGUACUGUAUGAAGUGUUCGUAUAAACUUAAUAAAAACACUUUAAACUCUCUCUACAAAUGUUUAUGUAAACAAAAAAAUCUGUUCUUUUACAUUUACAUGUCUGUAGUGUAUAUAGACUUACAGUAGAAUACCGAAUUCAAACCUUUCUAGUCCUUCAUAAGGACAGCUUGCAAAUGAGCAGAGGCGAUUUAGCCCGUCUUGCUUGCUUGGCUUUGAGUAACCAAAUGAUCCAAAGAUCUCAUCCAAGCUCAUGCUCUUCUCUGUCUCAAUAUGGUCGAUGCAGCUGUAUUGUGAAAUGCCAGAUGUCACUGUAUGAAAAAGGAAAAGGAAAGUAAAUGAAUAAAUUAAUGAUUGUUAAGCA